AAGCGGCAGCUCAAUGAUUGACGCACAAUUCAGUACUUCUGCUUUGACCAGCCUCGUCUAGCCACGUCUCUCGCCUUUUUGUCUCGCACCCCAGACGCUCCGAGAUCAGCUUAAGUGACUCACGGUAGAAUUCCCACCAGCCCGAGUACCGAAACAAGACGGCGGUUCCGGCCAAGUACAAGUCGACAGCAACGUCCUCGCGAGAUCCUACUGGUUACAUCAGCAAGAACACCAGACAGUUACCUUACAGCGAAGAAGGCUGUGACAUCGUCCGUGUAUCCUUGCGCGUUUCUUUGGUUGCCACUGCAACAUCCCAAACCAAUCAUGGGUUCAUCGGAUACAAUGGACGCCGUGAUAUUCAAGGCCCCCUGGAAGAUGGCGACCGAGAAACGACCAAUCCCCAAAAUCAUCGAGCCAACCGAUGCCAUUGUCAAAGUCUCUGUGGCAGGGAUAUGUGGUAGCGACUUACACUUCUAUCGUGGCCACCAGAAAAUGGAACCAGAUUGCAUAUGUGGCCACGAAUUCGUCGGACACGUCCAAGAAGUCGGCUCGAGUAUCAAGAACUUUAAAGUCGGCCAGAAGAUCGUCUGCACGUUCACUAUCACAUGUAUGGAAUGCUGGUUCUGCGUGCACGGCUACACGAACCGGUGCAUCCGCGGCAAAUCGUUCGGAUCGCUGGGCUUCGACGGCGGCCAAGCCGAGUACGUCCGCGUGCCUUUCGCCGACGGCACGCUCCAACCCGCCCCGACGAGCGUCGACGACGAACUGCUCAUCAUGAUGUGCGACAUCUUCCCGACGGGCUACUACGGCGCCGCGCGGGCGAUCCAGUACUUCGAAAGCCAGGCGCGCGAGUUGGAAGGCAUCAACAACAACGCCGCGAAACAGUCACAAUCACAAGCCCAAUCCCACUCACACGCCCAAGCCAGCGCAGUGUCAUUCGAGAUCCAGACGCUGCAGGACUGCGUCUUUGUCUGUCUCGGCUGCGGGCCCGUCGGGCUGUGCUCGAUCCUGACGUGUCUGACCAAGAAGGUUGGCAAGGUCUUCGCGGUCGAUGCCGUCGACGACAGGCUCGCCGAGGCCGAGAAGUGGGGCGCCAUCCCGCUCAAGCUGGGCAGAGACGACAUCAAAGCCUCCAUCCUCGAGGCGACCGAUGGGCGCGGCGCGGACGCCGUGAUCGAAUUGGUCGGGAACGCGCCGGCGUUGAAGUCGGCGUUCGAAUUCGUCAGGCCCGCCGGCUGUAUCUCGUCAAUUGGCUUUCAUCAGGGAGAGGUGCCGUUCACGGCGUUCGAGGCCUACGCGAAGAAUCUCAAUAUCAACAUGGGACGAGCGCCGGCGAGGAGGGUGUUCAAUGAUGCGCUGGACGUGUUGGUUGCAAAUUCGGACAAAGUGAGGGAAUUCGUCACGCAUAAGUUGCCCAUCUCCGAGGCGGCCAAGGGGUAUGAGAUCUUCGAGAAGCAGUUGGCGAGGAAGGUUGUGUUGGUAUUCUAAGUAGCCCCUUGAAUGGUAAGGGCGAGGGAUGAGGCAAGUCCAAGUUAAGCCUGGGAACACAAAAUGACCAUUCAGGGAAGCAUUCCCAGAAUAAGUAUUCGUGGUCCACCAAUGGGACAUGGACCCGAAUCGGUGAGAUGUACCUGGCCGCGUGGCGGACAACGAUAGACGCUUGAGGCACAUGGUGCUGGAUGACAGUGGUUUCACAGGAAGAGGAAGAGAAGGGCAGUAUGUUCUGAUGAAGUGAGAUGGUGGUGGCAUCGAAAAUACAAUUGUACAAUACAAACAACAAUCUUGGUAUCAAAUUUGCAGGAUGUCCUUUUUCC